AAAAUUUUAAUGUUUAAUUUAUGUAAAUCAUGUAUAAAAUGUAUUAUUAAACAUACCAUGUUAUUGUAAAGCAAAAUUAUCAAAGAGUGCAGUAAAAAAAAAUAUACAAUCUUAUAAAUUAUCAUUACUAUCGUGAUAUAUCUUGAUAUUGUAUCAAUUUGGAUAAUUUUUGUGUAUUUCGUAAUACUUUUAAGAAUGUUUAAAUAAAAAAGCACGCAACUUGAUAUUAUUCUCUUUAAAUAGCAGGUAAAUUUGUCAUUUUUUUCAGACUGAAAUAUUUAAAAUGUCGAGUAUACUUUUAAAUACUGUUAUAAUAAUCCUAUUCUUUGCCUAUGUAGAUAGUUUUUGUAAAUUCCCGGAAUAUUUCCAUUUUUGUGGAAGAUUAAGAGAACCUUCCUGUACUCAUCCUGAAGUUACUGAUAAUCUCAAGUGGGACGAAUGUUUAACCAAUGGUCCAGGAUGUCGAUGUCAUGACGGUUACGUUAGAAAUUAUCAAACAAAAACUUGUAUGAGAAAAGAAAAAUGUUUUGUAGUAACUUUAGCUAAUGCAGUACAUAAAACUUUGGACAGUCUUUUCACUUCAAUAAUGACACCUCACAAAUGUAAAUAAAUACUUAAGUCAUCAAUCUAAAAAAUAGUGCCAUUAAUAAUCAAUCAAUGUAUGAGUUAAAAAAUGUAUAACAUUCAAUAAAAUAAAAUCAAUUGAA